UCCUCUUUUCCCGCUCCGCUCCGUCGUCUGUGGAUGACGCGGUGCUAAUGGCCGCUGCUGCUGCUCGCUCAUUUCUGAACAUUUCUGCUCUCUGCCACAGCGGCUGAAGUUAGUGCGGGAAUAAAGUGACCGUAGAGCGGUACUCCGGUACCAGUGGGAGGGGCUGUCGUUAUCGCUGCAGAUCCGUCAGUAAAGAAGUCCGGGUCAGAAAGAAUCGUCGUCCAUGGAAACACCUGAGAGCCCCAUCCAGUCCCCCCAGGACGGCGUCUCUGACAGCGAGCUGCCGCCGUCUCCUGAGGACGAGGCAGGCGGAGUCAUCUCCGACAGCGAAAUGCUCCUAGAGGAGGAGAAUGGAGGCCUGACCGGGGAGGAAGAAGAGGAGGACGAUGACGAGCAAGGAGGAAGAUUAGACUUGGAGGACGAAGUGGUCCCCGACUUUGUCUCUGAUCCAGAGGAUGAGGAGCCUGUAGAAGCAGACAGGGGACAGGAGGACGAGACCAUUGUGCUGAUGGAGGGGGAUGAAGAUGAUCCACAGGGACGGAGGGCGGCUGAGGAAGAGGACGAGGUCCUGGACACGCCGCAGUCCCCGGACCUGGAGCCAGAGCAGGACAAGGAGAACUUUGAGUCCGAGGAAGAUGGCGAAGGUGGGGACGAAGGCUAUGGGGGCUACAGGAAGGACACCUCUGUAGAGCGGGACGCAAGUGAGGUAGAGGAGGAUAGGAACAAGGAAGAGGAGGAGGAGGACAUGAGGAGGGCAGUGGUGAGGGAGAUGAAGGAUGACUCUGCCUCAGUUUCCCGUGAGCUGGAUGAACAUGAACUGGAUUAUGAUGAGGAGGUGCCUGAAGAACCUGCUCAUGAUGAAGAGGAGGAGGAGGAAGACAGCAAAGUGGAAGGAGGAGAGGAGGAAGAGGAGGAGAACCAAGAAAAGAAGAAGAAGGAGAAGAAACCGAUCCUCCCUCCUUCUCCAGGAGACGAUUCAAAGCGUCUGGAGGGCUCCAAAGGGUCGGACAGGCUCAGAGAGAGGAAGAAGGAUGAAGACGAUGGCGAGAUCGAUGAAGGAGAGAUAGACGACGAUGAUCUGGAGGAAGGAGAGGUCAAAGAUCCAUCAGACAGGAAGAUCAGACCACGGCCCAUCUGCAGGUUCUUCAUUAAAGGAAACUGUACCUGGGGGAUGAACUGCAGGUUCAUCCACCCUGGAGUCAACGACAAGGGGAACUACUCUCUCAUCAGCAAGCCUGACCCUUUCUCCCCCAAUGGAGCGCCCCCUGGAGGACCCCUGCCUCUCAUCCCUAACAGUCCUUGGGCUGCUCCUGUGGUGGAGGAGCUCCCUCCCCCGCCUCCGCCGGUGGAGCCUCCUGUGGAGAGCGCCUGGGAGAGAGGACUGAGGCACGCCAAAGAGGUGCUGAAGAAAGCCACCAUCCGCAAAGAGCAGGAGCCCGACUUUGAGGAGAAGCGCUUCAAUGUGACGAUCGGAGAGGACGAGAGAGAGUUGGACAAAGAGAACGAGUUCUUUAGAGAACGCAGCUACCGGAUCAUCCGAGAGUACGACACGCUCACAUGCAGCCGUCCCACAAACACAGCAUCUCAGCGCACAGACGCACAUCUUCUAACAACGCGACAGACUGGAGCUAAUGGUGGAGGAGAAAAGGAUAGGAGGUGGUCUUAA